UACUGGAAGCGACAGGUAAGUGUUUCAGGUCAAUUCUUCGGUUUCUUUUCAAAUUUACGCGUAUUUGUUCUUGCUGUUUGUUGUAAAACGUUUUGUGUAAAAGGUGUUGAAAACUCAUGCUCACCUUGGCCGUCUUUCAGUCAUAAGUGUAUGCGUUCUACCUGACAUGUUAGGUGGUAUAACAGUUUGAGUAAUAUUUAGGUUAAGCGUCUAGUGUUAUGUAAGGAGGAAAAGCCAACCGAUGAGGUUGUGCAGCUACAUUGAUUGAGAUGGCUAGGGCACAUAUUACGUAUGCCCAGCCAUCACCUUCGACGGGUAAUUCUAGCUGACGUAGGAUUAGGUUGGAAAACAGCUGAUACUGGUCAAACGAAAACAUGGUAUCAUUCCCUGAAGUCUUUGACAGUUAGUUCGAGCGACAUAGGGAGGCGUAGACUGUCUGAUUUGGGUCCUCAGGAUGCUAAAAAGCGAUGGCUGAAGACAUUCGGUGGUAUGGUUCAAACUUUGUUAUCAAUGGCUGACGCAGAUGCAUUUACUCUCUUGUUCUUCUAUGUUAUUAAUCUUUCAUCCUCACAUUUCUGCUUACUAUCGUUCUUCGGAAUCUCUUUUGUCUUUUUGUGUGUGUGUGUGUUUCACAGAGUUUAGCAACUCAGACUUCUGCACUUCUGCGCAGAUUUCUCUGUUGAGACCAGUCAGUCA